UUUGAACAGCUAAUUAACGUUGCAUUAAAAAUUAACGAUUCUUGGGUUUCGGGGGUUAUUAAAGUUUUGAACCCGCAGUGGGACCUAUCCAUUUUAACAGCUCGCUGCUCAGUUAUGAGACUUCAAGGAUCUUUCUUUUCGCUACCUACCUUUUGCUAUCUUUGCGCCUUUUGGUGGGUUAUGUCGAUAGUUUUGUGCUUGGGCCUGGGACUUAACACAGACGGCAGCAAGCGGUCGAUAUUUUUAAUGCAGAUAGAGAACAAGCGCCUUGUUUCAACUCACUCAUCUGGAGAACACGGGUUACCAGUUUCUAAAAAAAUCGUAUAUGCUGGUGACGUCAUGGGAUGCACGUCCGCGUGUCUUAGAGAGGACUGGUGCCGAUCGCUGAACGUCAGGUUAAACUUAGCAAAGAACGAAAGAAUUCUCUGCGAGCUUCUUUCCGUGGAUAGAUUCAACCUCUCGAAAUACCUGAUUUCUGACAAAGAAUUCAGUCAUUAUGGAAAGAUGCCAUGCGCAGACUCUCCAUGUAUCAACGGAGCGUGCGCCUCUUCUUACCACGAGCCAUACUUCCAAUGCACAUGCUUACCCGGAUACACUGGACAAACCUGUGCAACAGCUUCAUCGUGCAGCGUUAUCAGAAGCACCUCUCCCCUCUCCCCCAGCGGUAUUUACAGUAUAGAUCCAGACGGUUCAGAGGGCGAGCCCGCGUUCAACGUGUACUGUAAUAUGACUGACAAGGGAGGGGUGGGUGUGACGGUCAUAAGUCAUGAUAGCGAGGCUCGGACCUACGUCCACGAUGACGUCCAAGUUCCCGGAUCUUACUCCCGUCCUGUCACAUACCAAGGCGCGAGCUGGAAGCAGCUAGCAAAACUUACCGAGUUCUCCAUACACUGCGAGCAGUACAUACGAUGGGAAUGCCACAAUGCAAUGUUCCUCGAGGAAGGGUACGCUUGGUGGGUGUCACGCGACAAUGCUAAUAUGACGUACUGGGGAGGUGCAACUCCUGGGAGCCACAACUGCUCAUGUGGUAUGACGUCAUCGUGUGCUAGCCCGUCAAAAGGCUGUAACUGUGACAGCAACGAUGGCGUGUUGCGUAGCGACGAGGGGCUGCUGACCGAUAAGACCGCGCUUCCAGUACGCGAGAUGAGGUUUGGGGAUUUUAACGACGCUAAUGAGUACGGUUACCACACACUCGGAAAGAUGAAGUGCUAUGGGAUCCCUAGUGCGCUGUCGUCCCUAUGAUAUGCUGAAUAACGGAGAAAAAAGUGUGAUCCUUGAAUAGAUUCUCAAGUUUGUCUAAUUUUCAAGUUGAGCUGGGCCGUUGUUCUCUUACUUGCAAUGUAUAUAAAAAUAUAAUAUCCAAUGAAGUAUUGGGAGAAAAUUGCACAAAUUAUUAAUAUAUAAGGUUGUUAUUAUGAACACAAUUCAUCACAUCCACAUAAAAAUAUUUUCCCUUGGCAUGUUCUUUGAACUUGGUGAAAUAUCAGGCUCGACGUUCUAUAAAAAGAUCUUUUCACUGUAAAUAGUGACGAGAUCAUGAUUUCAAUGGUUCUCAUAGCAAAAGGUGUGCCGUUGAAGAUCAAUAUAGCAGGAUCUUGACACGUUGUAGAAGGAAUGUAAAAAGGUAUUUUAGUCCAACUUUUUAUGGCGUUAUUGUGAAUAUAUGCAUUAUAGCUUAUAUAACGUUUUGUAUGUAAAUAUGCAGACGACCGGUCGCUAGCACAAUCAGCUAGACGCGAUUAUAAAAAUUACCCAGAAGGCCCUUAGGGCAAGGUUAAAACAAGACACACAGUAUUUCCAAGUUGCGGGUGAAGACUCCUGAUAUAAGCACAAAACACCUACUUUAUGGUUAAGUCACAGUCUAGGAACUGAGAGGGGAAAAACAGACUGCUGACAUGCCAUCAAUUGGGAAUUAAACCAGAAAUUUUUGUAACCACACAAUAAUGCAAAUGGUCAUGGUUUGAAAAGAAACAAAUAAAGUCAUCUCUCUUUUCUAAACUA